AUGGGGAGGAAAUUACGUUCUAAUCUACCAGUAAUAUCCGAAAAGUUAACUCCAAAGCUUGCUGAUACGGCAAAAUUGAGAAGAGACGAAGAAAGUUACAAGCGACGUCAAGCAGAAAACUUUAAUUGUCGUCACACAGCUUCAGUCCUUCCACACUUGAGUCCUGAUGAAAAGGUUUGGGUAAAAGAUAUAAAAUCACCAGCUGUGGUUGUGGGAAAAACCGAUAAACCAAGAUCAUAUAUAGUCAGGACAGAGCAGUCUCUUUUAAGAAGAAAUAGAAAACAUCUUAUCCCUGAUCCUGAAAAUCUGAGGGAAAACGCAAAAAGUUGCUCAUGGCUUUACAAGAAAGGUAAAAGAAAAAGCGGAAUCUACAACAUUGAUCCGGACAAUCGAGGCAGUUUUGAUGUAUGGUGUGACAUGAAGACAUCUGGAGGUGGCUGGACCGUGUUUCAACUUCGUCUUGAUGGUAGUGUUGAUUUCUACAGAAGAUGGCAAGAUUACAAAAAUGGCUUUGGAAAUCUAACAUCAGAGUUUUGGCUUGGAUUAGAUAAAAUAAAUAGACUUACAUCUAGAAAACACAAGAAACUUUGGAUUGAUAUGGAAGACUUUACAGGAAACACAGCAUACGCCGAAUAUGAUUUCUUUUCUGUUGCAAGUGAAAGGCAGAAAUACAAGUUGGACUAUGGAACAUAUUCAGGAACUGCCGGUGAUUCGUUGUACGACCACAAAGGAAUGGCAUUUUCGACAAAAGACUCUGACAAUGAUGAAUACCAUGGAAACUGUGCAAGUUCGUAUAAGGGAUUAUGGUGGUAUUUUGGAUGUAGUGCUUCUAAUUUAAACGGGAUCUAUUAUCAUGAUCAAACCAACCCAUAUAGAUAUGAGGAAGAUGAUUAA